AUGAUUCUAAGAUUGUUGGCUCUACUACUCUCUUCCGCUUUGGUGGCCAAUGCCUGGAAUAGAAGGGACCAGCCUCGUCUACAGUUCGUCCGUCGCGAAAACGCGCGCGGGGCAACUUUGGAUGCAGGUCUCAGCGCAUUUGUCGAUGCAGCCGGGGCGACAAGAGUGGUGCAAGGAGCCAGUCCAGAUGCUCUCACAAUUCCCCCAACCAACUCCGCCAACUCCGCCAACUCCGCCAACUCCGCCAACUCCAACGACACCGACACAGAUGCCACUCAGGAGUCCGCUGCAGACAUGAGCAUACUUGAGCAAACGGUGAGCGAGGUGCAUAACGCCACUGAUGAGGGCUGGGACGAGUUGGACACACAGCCUGAUCCCGUCAACUACUCGGAGGCUGAGAUCUUGGACUAUAGCGAAGAUGAUCAGACCGACAGCAUCGAGCCCCUGAACUCCACGGCCGAGGACUGCUACUUUUCGGAGGAUGGCCUCUCAGAGCCUGACUCUCUAAUCAGCGUUGAAGGUGUGGAUGAGGAAGAUGAGCAGGUGCAGAAUUCGACUUCCAAUUCCGACGGAGGACUUCUGGACAGAGAUGCGGUGAUUGAGGGCUUUCUCAACUCCGUCGACGAUGACGAUUUGAGAGAUAUCGGCGAGUCAGGAUGGUGGGGUCGCUGGGCCGAACGUGAGCGCGAAGAAGGUCGGACACAGGCGGAGGCAGAGCCAGACUCACCAUUUCACAGUGCGAAGCCGCCAGUGCCCGGCCGUCGACGGAGCCAGCCCAAGCGAAGCGCAAAACAGGAGACUCCGAAAUGCCUGCUUGGAAAGUACUGGUGUGAGCAGUUCGAAAAAGCAGGUGUGGCCAUAGCUGACCAAGCAAAGAUCUCUUUCAAGGGCAAUGAAUGGCUGUACAACGCUGAAGGGACGAAAGUCGGAAAAGGAAAUCACGACAAAGACUGCGACCAGAAGAUCUACUUCUGCGCUGGGCAGGCCAAGUAUGGUUCUGGAAUCAAGCAAGCCCAGGCGGUCAAAGAGGCGAUUCAGAACCACGGCGUGCACCCGGAGAAGGCCGACUGCCCGCUCGGGAAGUACUGGUGCAAAGUCCUGGAAGCCGCAGGCAUCGCGAAGAAGGACCGUGGGUCCAUCCGCACGAAAGAUGGCGAAUGGUACUUCCGGGGCAAAGGCACCAAAGUCGGAUUCGGCUCCUACAAAGAGAAAUGCCCGCAGAAGUUCGUCUGUGCUGGUGGGAGGAAGUAUGGAAUGGGAAUUCAACAAGCACGAGAAGUGAAGAAAGCCGUCGAGAACGGAGGUGUCCAUCCCACCAAGGUGCAGUGCACCUUGAGCAAGUACUGGUGCGCCCAACUGCAGAGGGCAGGCCUAGUUCGCAACGACCAGGGAAGGCUGAGUGUCCGGAAUGGAGUGUGGUACUUCAAAGACAAGAGUACGGGAGUCGGCUACGGAUCCUUCAAGAGGACAUGUGACAGCCGGAAGGUUUUUUGUGCAGGUCGAAAGACCUUCGGUCUCGGUAUCCAACAGGCGCGGGCAUUGAAAGAAGCUCUUCAGAACGGCGGCUUGCAUCCCGACAUGGUGCCGUGUAGAUUGGGCAAGUACUGGUGCCCGCUGAUGAGACGUGCAGGAAUACGUGGGCGCGACAUUGUCAAGAUCACGUUCAAGCGCAACGAGUGGUUUUUCGACGGGAAGCCAGUGAGAGUUGGCCACGGAUCGUACAAGGCGCACUGCGAUAGCGCGAGGAUAUUUUGCGCCGGUGGCACCAAAUACGGCUUUGGCAUUCUUCAAGCGCGAGCGGUGAACACAGCCAUACAGAGCGGAGGAAUCCACCCUGCAAAGGCCAACUACAGAAGCUUCCGGAACUUCUGUGUCCUUGACAAUGGUAAAGAUGCGCCCCAGGAUGCUGGACGGGUGACAAAGAAUCUCGAGGGCUGCGAAGCGGCAUGCGACCUUUCGGCUGGUUGCAGAGGGUUCGAAUGGUAUGCCAAUGGCUGGAACAGGAGGAACUGCUUCCUCUUCAUCAACCAGCCUGUUUCAAAGGGCAGUUCAGGUGCCAGAAGAGGGAAGCAGUGGAAAGAUGCGAUGUGUUUCGUCAAAAAGGAACGGCGAUGCACUGUAUUCCCGAAGUGGAGAAUGACAUGGCUGGGAGAACAUGUUCAGAUCUCCCUGGGCAAGCACAAGUACGGUGCAAGGCUUGCGUGGAAGACUUGCUUCGAGCUAUGCGAGAUGGAAAGCGAGUGCAAGCAGGUUGUUUGGAGCAAGAGUGGCUGUUUCGGCAUGCUGGCCCGGAGUGAUGACGAUCAAAACAGCAAAGGUGGAAAAAAUACUGGGUUCAUCUCGGCACAUUGCUUCGACAAGGAUACCUUGCACCAUGUGCGCACUUGUUCACAGUGUGGUAAGAAUCUAUGUCAAGAGCAAAGAAAGAACGAGAAACAUCUGGAGUCUUUCUACAUGAUGGGCUCUUCGCUCCAGUCCUGGGGAUGUGCCAAUCUCUGGACAAAACCAUAUGGCACAGUUCGCAAUUCUGACACCGGUGCCGUCUACGUUGUCGAAAAUCGGGCAGAGCAGGCAGCGACGUGUCCAUUUCUGGCGCCACACUUCGGUGCGCUCUCCCAAGUUCUUUGUGAAGAUGGGACUUACGUGAAGGACUGGAGCUGUAUGAAAGGAGGUCAUGGUCAACGUGCCCAAUGCCCGGCAAACUCUCCCACGAUGUGUGCUCACCAGACAUGCGGUGCGGAUAAGAAGGACUACUGCUGCAGCUCUUCUUGCCUGAAGCUUGGCGGACCGCGCCCCUGUGCUGAGGGGGUGGAUUGGUUUGUGAACAAGCAGGCGCUUGGCUGGCACAAGCUGCAGGAGAAGUGUGAAGCGCAUGGAAAGCGUCUGUGCACGUAUUCGGAGCUGUGCCAAAAGAAGGGCCAACGGCCGCUUGGAGGCCUUCAGUCCGUGUCGGACGCAUGGUGCCCGGUCUUGGAAGAUGACAUGACUCGCCCAAAUUAUGUGCAAGUUGGCGCAACACUGCGCCAUCCGACCUGCAAGAAGCUGACCGAGGAUCAUCUGCUCGAUGCAGUGUCCUGGCCCUUGAGCGACGAGCGCGCCGACCUGCGCGAGGUCUAUGCCUGCUGCGAGGGCUGGACCGGCCGUGGAUCACAGUGGCGGGGGCGGGACCUCACCUGGCGUCAUCAGAGCUCGCGCGACCGCUUGACCAUCAGCGGGAGACAGUGGUCGGGUGGAAAGGUCUAUUAUCAGAAGUUGCCAAGCUAUCUCUCCGCCCAUUUUCCUAUGCAGGGGACGCGGGAUGUGAACACUGGCAACUCCAAUGAGCUCAUCUUGUCAGAGCCCGCGCUGGUGUACUUGUUUCGGGUGGCCAACUGGGCAAAAGUGCCCUUGACCGAGUGGACCGACACGGGAGACGUCGGAAGCUAUCUCGGCAGCCCCUACGCGGGGAAGGUGCGGAUUUACUGGAAGUUCCUUGAUUCGGGCAAGCACGUCAUCGACAACUUCUCAGGCAUGUACCUCUUGACCAGCCCUUGGCUGCCGACCUGCGUGGGCGCUGAAGGCUUGAAGGUUCCCGAAGGCUUCGUGUGGCCGGAGCAGUACCCGAAGAAAGCGGCCUCCACCAUCGAAGAGGUCUGGGAGAACAAUCGCAAGGGGGCCUACGGUCGCAAAGUACAAGGCAUGAAGUUUGCGGCGCUAACUCUGAAGGAGUCGCAGGAUAGCGGUGGAGCCUACUACCUCCUCUUCAGCAACCGGCCGCCAAGUGACAAAGCUUUGCCAGGAAGCGACUGCUCCGCAGGCGUCUCCAUACAAUACGGCACGAAGCCAAAGUCCAAAGUCAGGAACAAGGGCGAGUUUGUGCCGACCUUUUCGGGGACCACUUGGAAGGUCUACAUGGAAGUUGAGCUGUGGGAGCAGUUCGGCAGCACGCAUGCCAAGUGCUUGGAAGAGACGCCUGAGACCCUGACCGAAGUUGCAGACCAGUCGGAAUGUCAAAUGCAAGCUGUGGCCAAGAGCCAUCGUUACUACCAGUUCCUUCAGAACACGAAGGGCAUGUCCAAGUGUGUGACUUCCAGCAGCUGCGAGGCACCAAUGACAGGCGCGGUGGCCGCUUGGCGGGUCUUCUCCAAAGAGGGGCCCUGGCGGCGACACGGAUCCGGGAGCCGCUGCGGUGUCGCCUCGGCGUUGGACUUCAGGUCUUCUGGUCACUGUACCAACGGACUGGUGUAUUCCUCCAAUGCUUGGGAGCUGGCGGACAGCAGAUGGGGAAAGAAAGACUUCCAGACAGCUCAAUACAAGGCAUGGAUGAAGCUUGCCUGGGAGAAGUGCUUACAGCGGGAUCCCAAAACCACUUUCGUGAGUGUGUGGACGGAUGCCGGCUACAGGUGCUUCAAGACAAUGGAUUGCAAGCCGAACACAGCGACGGGUGUCAGGACUUGGUCGGCAGUUGGCCUGAGCAAGGCAUUUGUGCACGUGAAAGCUUCUGGUGGCAUUACAAGCGAGAAGUCCUUCUUGAGCACUGUGCCUGCUGGCACCAAAGUAGACUUGUUCGCGAAGGAUGACUUCAGCGGCCGUCAGCGCUGGACCAUCAGCAAGGGGAGUGGAGAUUGGUACACUAUCCGAGCGCUUGGGGGUGUGCAGCCAGGCCGCGUGUUUUUGAGUGUGAGCGCCACUGGCGACAAGGUGGACCUGCAUGGGAAGGACGAUGGCAGCGGCCGUCAGAGGUGGAGGAUCUCCCGCGGCACUGGAGACUGGUACCACAUAUCCAUUGCUGGCGGAGUGAGCGGCAAGCGGCGAUUCCUCAGCACCACCGAACGCGGUGAUGUGGUGGACUUGCAAGUGGCUGAUGAUGGAAGUGGACGGCAGAGGUGGCUCAUUGGUUUCGAGGCAGAUGCUGAACGGCUGUCUUCAUGGGCAGAGCAUAACUUCAACGAUCGAGGCAACUCUCAGUUGGUGCAAUCGAAGACCUUCACCUAUCGGCUAAGCACCGGGUAUACUUGCUCGCUCACUGGCUGGACUCACACCCGAACUUACGCUCGGGGCUUCUUGCGAGCGAGUGCUGGCACGGCGACGGCCACUGUGAAAGACCUGGAGCCGAGCGCUUUCUACGUUUGGAGAAUUUACCAAUUCGCCAGCUUUGGUGCGGGCACAAACACGCUGGCCGUGAAUGGCGUGAAAGAGGGCAGCACGAUAUCGCGCGCGCUGACAGACUCCGCUCCGACAAAGUUGGGCAUGACACAGGCAGACAUGCAGGGCCGCAUCUCCUUCACAUUCACACGCCUGUCAAUCCACGUGCAGCUGUCUGGACUGACCAUGAAGCGCCUCGAUGAGAUGACCGACGAGCACCUAACAUCCUUGGAAGAGAAUCAUUUCAACACGCGCGGCGAUUCCAGCCUGAACGAGCGGCUGGUCUAUUCCUAUGUGCUGGGACAUGGCUACAAGUGCGACCUGACUGGCUGGACCCACACACGAAAGUAUGCACACGGCUUCUUGCGGAACAAGCCCGGCGAAGGCAAAGCAACGAUUUCCGGGCUGGAGCCUGGUGCAGAAUAUGCUUUCAAAGUGUAUCAAUAUGCAGCCCAGUUUGCCGGCAAGAGCGAAAUCGUCGUGAACGGUGACUCCAAAGGGCUUGCCACUGCAACCAAGUCGCCCGAAGCAACGAAGCUGGGCCUGGCUCAAGCUGAUGGGCAUGGCAAGCUCCACUUCGCCUUCAGGAGAAUAUCACAUCAUGUGCACCUGUCUGGUUUGGCCAUUGGGCGAAUCAGCAGCGAGCCUGCUGUGGUGUCGGUUGGAAGCCUGGAUAUCUGCAAGGAGGACUGCCUUCGCAGACCCUCAUGCACAGGUUUCGAACUCAAGGAUGGGAAAUGUGCAUUUUGGAGUACUCCCAUGCGUGUGAGCACCGGCGUCUCUGAAGCUUCCGAGUGCAUUUCCCUGCUGCCCGAGUUGAUUUAUCCUCGUCAACACACGGGGUAUGGCGGAGACAACAAGCGUUGGAGACGGGGUCCAGGUGGCCCGAAGGGAACUGACGUGGGUAACGGGGAGUCGCAGUACCAAGCUGGCCCAUACGAAGUCCUGUCACUUGGGACACGCCGUCUUUGUGAGCAGAGCUGCAGCCAGCGCACGUGGUGUGCUGGCUAUGCUUUCAAGCACACGAAGGCGCAGGGCUCUCUUCCGGACUGGCAGCUUGGGGUAUGCCAGCUCGUCGGACGGCGAAUGUCAACGGCAACGAAGGUGGGCCAAGUGGCCUCCUUCAGCAAGGCUGGGCUCUGGCAAAGCCACGGUCCGAGCAAAUGCCAAGUGACGCCAAGCAUGAUCUUCAAGGAACACGGCCACUGCACCAAAGGUCAGACGUACAGCUCCCGAGCAUGGGAGCUUGCCACGCCUGCAGGCGGUCGGAAAGGCUUCGCUUCGCCGGAGUAUUCCUCAUGGCUUUCCUUGGCAUGGAGGAGGUGCCAACGAAAAGACCCUAAGAAUACGCUUGUGAGUGUGUGGACGGAUGCCGGAUAUCGGUGUUACAAAACGGCUUCUUGUGGUGUCAAGGCUGAUGCUCUCACGAGGUCGUGGAGUGCAAUUGGCCCAGAGAAGCUAUCGUCCCUUGCAGAGCAGAACUUCAAUGACCGUGGGCAAAGGACGCUGAAUACCAGAACUGCCUACAAAUACAAGCUCAGCAACGGCUUCGCAUGUACCUUGAGAGGAUGGACCCACACCAGGAGCUAUGCAAAGGGCUUCCUGCGCAACAAGCCAGGGACUGCCUCAGCCAUCAUCACUGGUCUGCAGCCCGGCCAAAGCUAUAUCUGGCAACUCUACCAGUACGCCUCCCUGUUCCCGGGCAAGAACGGUGUGCGGGUCAACGGCCGGGAUGAGGGUGCCACCUCGCAGACAAAGUCCGACGGGCCGACGAUGCUGGGGAUGGCCCAAGCUGACUCCAGGGGACAAAUUCUGUUUGGCUUUGCACGAAAUGCGCACCAUGUUCAUCUUUCCGGCCUGGCAAUGAGGAAGCUCAAUGAGGCACGGACAGAGCUGCUGUCGACACUGACUCAAAAUUCCUUUCACAUGCGGCGGCGUGGGAAUCGGAAUCUUGACAGGAACAACGGUUACAUCUACAGACUGAGCAACGGCUACAACUGUGAGCUCAAGGGCUGGACCCACAGCCGAGACUACGCCAGAGGCUUUCUACGAAAUGUGGUUGGCAAAGCAACAGCCGUGGUGUCUGGCUUGGAACCAGGAGCUCUCUACUCCUGGAAAGUCUAUCAAUACGCGUCCCAGUUCAGCGGCAAGAAUGGGCUUUCUGUGAAUGGCGAGUUCAUGGGCCUGACUUCGGCAUCGCGUCGUACGGAUGCCACCAAAACUGGAGCCCAUAGAGCCAAUGUCCACGGACGAAUCAUUUUCGAGUUUCAGAGGAGGUCGCCUCAUGUUCACGUUUCUGGGAUUGCCUUGGGCAAGGUUUCUGAGGCUGGAGAUGGGUAUUUGUCGUCCGUCGAUGACAACAACUUCAAUGACCGGGGUGACACCAAUCUGAAUCCGGCGGCCUCUUAUGCCUACAGGUUAAGCAAUGGAUACUCGUGUACGCUGAGGGGAUGGACCCACACCAGGUACUAUGCCAAGGGCUUCCUGCGGAAUAAAGCAGGCAGUGCUACAGCGGUGGUGUCUGGCCUAGAGCCUGGCAAGUUGUAUUCUUGGAAGAUUUACCAGUAUGCUGCUGCGUUUGCGGGCAGGAACAAGAUGCGAGUAAAUGGCGGGAACAUUGUGUGGACAACUUCGUCCAAAAGCAAUGUGCCAACUCGAACGGGUUUGACGAAGGCGAAGUCUUCUGGUCAAAUCUCGUUCGAGUUUGUCCGCACGGCACAUCAUGUGCAUUUGUCUGGCAUCGCGAUUGGUAGAGUAGAGGAGGCUGAAGCCCCCGAUUUCCAGGAGCUCAGCUCCGACAACUUGGAUGCAUGCAAAAGAAGCUGUGAAAAGAAGCCAAGUUGUCAGGGUGUUCAGUACGACACGCCAAAAAAGCGCUGUGGCUUGUGGUCAAGUCCCUUCGAGUCCGUUCCAGCCACGGGCGAAGAAGGUGUGGAGUGCUUGUCCUGGCGGCAGCUCUGA